AUGUUCAGUCGCCUGAACGAGAUCUCCAAAGACGAACUUCCAGGUUUCCUCAAGCGAUCACGCUAUGCGGAUGCGCCUCGCCAGGCCUCCAAGUCUCGAAUGAUGACCGACCAGUCGGCUGGAAGGAGGAGGUUCAUUUCCAUCCCUGCUGCAGAGGUGAGGCUGCAAACUGACGACCCGAAAAAGCCUCGGUAUCGGGGCACCACUCAUUGUUUCGUCACCAUCUUGGAAAAGGAAUCCGCUCAUGGCCUUUAUAAAGGAAUGUCUUCUCCACUUGCUGGCGUGUCAGUGGUUAACGCAGUGGCAUUCGGCACAUACGGAGCCGUUAUUCGGAACCUGGAAACUGACAACAGCAUGUCCUCUAUCCUAUUUAAUCAUGGUGUUGCUGGAGCUGCCGGGGGACUCGUCCAGACUCCUCUUGCUUCCACACUAGAACUGGCCAAGACUCGCAUGCAGCUUCAAAGUCAGGGUCAAGGUUGGAGCCAUUUCCUGGGUCCUGGUGCCUACUUAGGAGGUCGAUGGCACCGUUCCAAAAUCCCUCUUCCCUACAGUGGGCCCAUUGACUGCAUGAGGAGGAUUUGGAGGAAAGAGGGAACUCGUGGAAUUUUCAGAGGACUUGGUAUUACCAUCGUCAGAGAUGUUCCCGGUUUCGCUUACUACUUCGCCUCCUAUGAAAUGUUUUGCAAACUUCUAUCUUCCACGCCUGGAGAGAUGUUGCCCCACUGGAAGCUCCUGGUGGCUGGUGGCCUCAGCGGCAUGGUCUCUUGGAUUGGGACUUAUCCCUUGGAUGUAGUCAAGUCCCGAAUCCAGGCUGAUGGAGCAACCGGUCCUAGGAAGUACAGUGGCUAUGUGGACUGCGUCCGCCAGUCUUUGAGAGAGGAAGGGCUGAGAGUCUUUGGUCGAGGACUCACGUCCACUCUCAUCCGUGCCUUCAUCGUGAAUGCAGCCACUUUUGCAGUGGUCACAUGGGUCUUGCGCUUCGUGGGUAACAUGGCCGACAACUGGGAAUUCCCUCUGCCCUAUAACCAACUUCCCGAUCAGCACCAUCCGUUCAUCCCGCUCACUCGGAACCAAUUUCCCAGUCCUUCGAGCGUCAUUCUGGACUCUAGAUCCAUCCCCACCAAUCGGGUCAUUGUGAUCAUUGGUAUUGCACUGUUUAAUGUCUCUUUGACAACCUGA